AUGGCUACCAACGGCACGACCCCCAACGGAACCAACGGCGUCAACGGCGAUCAGCCCUCCGUCGACGUCUCCAUCGCCAUCAGCCCCAACAACAUCGAUGCCGUUCCCAGUCUCCUCAAGGACAUCACCGCCGGUGUUGCUGCUCUCGAGACUGGCGGCGACGAGGCUCGCCAUGACCUGCUUAUCAAGGCACGCACUCUCGUGCAGUCUUUGGAGACGCCGCGGGAAACCAUGGUCAAACACUGCUGGGCUCAGACCGGUGCCAUGGCUGGCCUUUGUUUCGGUGUCGAUGCUGGCUUGUGGAAGUUGAUGGCCAAGAACGGUGACAGGCCGCAAAAGGUCAGCGAAUUGGCUGAGGCUCUCGGAGUUGAGCCACUGCUUUUGGGCCGACUCAUGCGCCAUCUUGGUGCAAUGGGGUAUGUCACUGAGACUGCCAUGGAUGAGUAUAAGCCUACCAACUACUCAAAGGCCAUGAGCAUUCCCAUUAUUGGUGACGGAUAUCUCGCUAUGCUCUCAUGCACCAGCCAAGGCCCCCUCAAGUUCCACGAAUACAGCCGCAAGCGAGGAUUCAAGAACCCCACCGACGCCAAGGACACCUCCAUGAUGUACGGCUACAAGACCGACAUGGACAUGUUCGCCUGGCAACAGUCCCUCGGCUAUGGACCGCACUUCAACAACCACAUGGGUGGCUACCGCCAAGGCCGUCCCCCGUGGAUGGGUCCCAACUUCUACCCGGUCAAGGAGCGCCUUAUCGAGGGAGCUGACACUAGUCCGGAGGCGGCGUUCCUGGUUGACAUUGGUGGGAGCGUCGGUCAUGACUUGACGGAGUUCCAUCGUUAUCAUCCCGAUGCUCCUGGCAAGCUCAUACUUCAAGAUCUACCUGUUGUUAUUGGCCAGAUUCAAGACUUGGAUAAGGCCGUUACUCCCAUGGAGUAUGACUUCCAUACCGAGCAGCCCAUCAAAGGUGCCCGCGCCUACUACAUGCACUCAGUCCUCCACGACUGGCCCGACAGCGUCUGUGGCAGCAUCCUAGGCCGCAUCAAGGACGCCAUGAAGCCCGGCUACAGCAAGCUCCUCAUCAACGAAAACGUCAUCCCGUCGACGGGGACCUACUGGGAGACUUCCGCCCUUGAUAUGGUCAUGUUGACUCUCUUCUGCUCUUCCGAGCGUACCGAGACUGAUUGGUAUAACUUGCUCGAGAAGCAGGCUGGGUUGAAGAUUGUGAAGAUUUGGAGCGGUGGGAAGGGUGUUGAGAGCUUGAUUGAGUGUGAGCUUCCUUGA